AUGAGAUUCCUUCGCUUUCCCUCUUAUUCCGGCUACCUCCUCUGUAGAAGGCCGUUCUUCGCCGCCGCAUCUCUUCUUACAUGUAAUCUCUCAACAUUGGAAUCUGAUUCUUCUAAUCUUCCAUGCCAAUUACUCUCAAUUUUCUCGGAACCAAAUUGGCAGAACAACCCCUCUCUGAAAUCUCUAGUCCCUGCUAUAACGCCAUCUCAUGUCUCUUCACUGUUUUCACUCAAUCUGGAUCCUCUGACAGCUCUUAGUUUCUCGGAUUGGAUCUCUCAAACGCCGAAGUUCAAACACAAUGUUACUUCAUACGCAUCACUGGUUCGUCUUCUCUGUAGCCAUGCAAUAGCUUAUGAGGUUCCUAAGAUCAUGAUAUUAAUGAUCAAGAGUUGCAGUUCACCAAGAGAAGCUUUGUUUGCUGUUGAUUUCUGUAGAACAAUGCGUAAAGACGAUAGCUCUGAGUUUAGAUACAAGCUUACUCUUAAAUGCUAUAAUACGCUUUUGAGUUCAUUAGCUAGAUAUGGGUUGGUGGAUGAAAUGAAGAUACUCUAUGUAGAAAUGUUGGAUGAUUUAGUUUCUCCAGAUAUUUACACGUUUAACACAUUAGUCAAUGGGUAUUGUAAGCUUGGUUAUGUGGUUGAAGCAAAGCAGUAUGUGAGUAGGCUUAUUCAGGCUGGAUUGGAUCCUGAUUACUUCACAUACACGUCUUUUAUUACGGGUCAUUGUCGAAGAAAAGAAGUCGAUGCGGCUUUUCAGGUUUUUAAGGAGAUGUCUCAAAAGGGUUGCCAUAGAAAUGAGGUUUCAUACACUCAGCUUAUAUAUGGUCUUUGUGAAGCAAAGAGGAUUGAUGAAGCUUUGAGCUUGUUGGUGAAAAUGAAAGAUGACAAUUGUUGUCCUAAUGUUCGUACAUAUACUGUCCUUAUAAAUGCUUUAUGUGGAUCAGGGCGUAAGUCAGAAGCUUUGAAUUUGUUUAAGCAAAUGUCAGAAAGUAGUAUUAGGCCUGAUGUUUGUAUGUAUACUGUGCUUAUUCAGAGCUUUUGUAGUGGAGAUAAUCUCGAUGAGGCAAGUGGGCUGCUAGAUCAUAUGCUGGAAUUUGGGUUGACGCCAAAUGUUAUUACAUACAAUGCAUUGAUCAAAGGGUUUUGUAAGAAGAAUGUGCACAAAGCAAUGGGGCUUCUUAGUAAGAUGCAAGAGCAAACUUUGGUGCCAGACCUGAUUACUUACAAUACAUUGAUUGCUGGACAGUGUAGCUCUGGUAACUUAGAUAGCGCAUAUAGAUUGCUUAGUUUGAUGGAAGAAAAAGGAUUGAUUCCGAACCAUCGUACAUACAGUAUUUUUCUAGAUUUUCUAUGUAAAAAUGAGCGGAUAGAAGAAGCGCGCCAUCUGUUUGAUUGCCUUACACGUAAAGGCAUAGUUGCAGACGUAGUCAUGUACACUGCUUUGAUCAGUGGUUAUUGCAAGGUUGGGAAACUAGAUGAUGCUAGAAUGUUGUUUGAUAGUUGCUUGCCAGAUUUGUAUACUUUUAAUGCCUUGAUACACGGGUUAUCUAGUAAUGGACAAUUGAAAGAAGCCUUGUCACUGAAGCAAAAGAUGGAGAAGAUAGGGUUACAGCCUACACAGAGUUCAUACACGACUCUUAUUGCAAGAAUGCUUAAAGAAGGGGAUUUUUAUGAAGCUGAUAGAUGUUUUCAUGAAAUGCUGUCUUCAGGACAAAAACCUGAUGCGCAGAGUUAUGGAUCAUUUAUCUCGGCGUAUUGUAGUGCUGGGAGGUUACAAGAAGCUGAGGAGAUGGUGGUGAAAAUGAGGGGAGAAGGUGUUACCCCGGACGAGUUCACUUAUUCCUCAAUGGUUAAGGCUUAUGGAUCUCUAGGGCUGACUUAUUCUGCAUUUGAUGUCCUGAAGCGCAUGUUGGAUACUGGUUGUGAACCUUCUCAUCAUACAUAUAUGUGUCUGAUCAAACACUUGUUCGAGAAGAAACACAUGACAGAGAAAUGUGGCGAACCAGGAAGUUAUAUGGAGUCUCCGGAUAUCAUGUGGGAGAUGAUGGAGUUUGAUAUUGUUGUCGAACUUUUUGAGAAGAUGGUCGAACAUGGGUGUAACCCUGAUGUCAAAUGCUAUGAGAAGCUCUUAUUAGGGAUUUGUGAAGUUGGUAAUCUAGAGAUAGUGCAAAGAUUGUUAAAUCGCAUGGAAGAAGUAGGAAUAUCUCCAAGUGAGAAGAUUUGUAAUGGUCUUCUUAGAUGUUACUUCAAGUUGCAAAAAUAUGAGGAAGCUGCAAAGGUUGUGGAAGAUAUGAUAUGCAAUGGUCACUCACCACAACUAGAGUCUUGCAAAAUGUUGAUUUGCAAGCUGUAUGAAGGAGGAGGAAAAGAGAGAGGCAAGUCGGUUUUUAAAGAAUUGCUUCGAUGUGGAUACUGCGAUGAUGAACUCGCUUGGAAAAUCCUCAUCGAUGGUGUGCUUAAACAGGGAUUUGAAGAGGGGUUUGGUGAACUGUUUCAAGUAAUGGAAACAAGUGGCUGCAAAUUUAGCUCCCAAACAAGAUCAAUGCUUAUGAAAGGGCUACAAAGGGAAAGAUUGAUUCAUACAUAA